AUGCUCGAGGCAUUAUGGGGCUGGGGGGGGAGGGGCGCUGACCUAACCCUCACCCCCGUGUUGCCCCCGGCAGGCACAGUGUGUGAUUUCCGUUUGUCCUAUGGCCGCGUGCUGAGCCGGCGCAGUACAGUCAUUGCCAUCAACCGGGACCGUGCCCUGAUGCUGCGCAAUUCGGACGUCUUCUGGAAGCCCCGUGUGGCCAUCCAAGGAGAUGCUGGCUCCUUCCUCCUGAGCCUUUCCCAAGGCCUCAAGAGUUACUCACCACCUCAGGACUGGGCAGCAAGUCUGAAAGAUGGCGACCAAAGGAAGGAGAAAGCAAACCGAGAGAAGUCAGAAGAGCCCACAGAGCAGCACCUGAACCCACUCAAGCUCCUACACCACGUGGACAACUUGCUGCCCGAGAACAGCCUGCUGGUGUUGGAUGGGGGCGACUUCGUGGGGAGCGCUGCCUACAUCGUGCGGCCCUGGGGGCCCCUGCUCUGGCUGGACCCGGGAGCUUUCGGGACACUGGGUGUCGGAGGAGGAUUUGCUCUCGGCGCCAAACUCUGCCGGCCGGAUUCUGAGGUCUGGAUCCUCUACGGAGACGGCUCCCUCGGCUACAGCAUCAUGGAGUUUGACACCUUCGUCCGUCACAAGACGCCCGUCAUCGCGCUGGUGGGGAACGACGCCUGCUGGAGUCAGAUCUCCCGUGAGCAGGUCCCCUUGCUGGGCAGCAACGUGGCCUGCGGCCUGGCCUAUGUGGAUUACCACCUGGUGGCAGAAGGCUUGGGAGGGAAAGGUUUCCUACUCAGCCGCCAGGAUGAGGCCUGCAUGGACAACAUCAUCCAGGCGGCGCAGGAGGCCUGCAGGGAGGGACACCCCACCCUGAUCAACGCCCUGAUCGGCAGAACCAGCUUCCGGGAGGGCUCCAUCUCCGUGUAGGGCUGGGACCAGGCCCGGCAGUGCUCCCUGCCCACGCCAGGGUGGGCAGCCUGCCUUGGGCCCCCUACAGACACCUGCACAGUACUCCCUUCGGCGUUUAGUUGAUCAUCCUCCUCGUUCUGGCCCCAGAGCUGCUGCAGACUGACACAGCCACGCCUACCAGGGACUGGGGUCCUAACCCAAGCCCCUCAACAGGUAACCAGUGCCAGGACACUGGCCAGUAGGGAUCAACCUGAAGAGAGCCUCAGGGCAGCAGGGACAAGGAAGCUUCUCUCAGUUCAGCACUGGGCAGGUGCCUACUUCUGUGGGAGAUGGGCAUUGUGCUUUGGCAAGCUCCUGCCAGUAGUGAGAGCAGCUGCAGGGAUCUGGUUCUGGUGACAGCAGGGGGUCUUGCUUUCCAACUGGGCAGCCUAGGGAUGGGCACUGGGGCUGGAUUUCUGAGGGGCUUGGCACUGAGGGGUGGGGGUGGGGGGGCUUGUUGCCCAGCUCUGCAAGCCAGGGCCGUUGGCUGAUGACUCUCUCUGGGGCAGGAGCCUGGCCUAGGCCUAAUCUUUGGAUGAAGUGGAGCUGCUGGGCCCUGCUGGGAGCCUUGGUUGAGGGAAAGCUGGCAGGAUUCACUCCAGAUCCACCAGGGCUGUGAUUCCCCCAAAGCCCUAUGAUGCGCUACCAGGGCAGCUCCCUGGCUGACCAGCCUGAGUAGCUUUGGGCAAGGCCUGUCACCGCCAUGCUCUCCAGUCCCAUAGCCAGCACCAGGAGCUGCCAUUGCACCGCCACUUCCCUGCUGGGCUCCAGUCGCUGCCACACCUAGGAGCCUAGGGAGGGCCAUGCGUGCUGCUGCUCCCAGCCCCAGGUGCCAAGCUCUCCAUUGCCGUAGUGUGAGGUGGCGUGGUCAUGCAGUGGGGGUGGUCCGCGGUUAAUGGGGAUGUUAACAGAGCGGUUCCCUCUCUCUCUCUCCAAGCACAUGCACUCCACCCACAGGGUUUCCCCCAACAAUAAAGAGAAUGAUGGCACCAGGCCAAGUGUGGCUCUAUAGCUGCUCUGUGGGAAGGGCGCCAUCUAAUGGUUAACAUGGUGGUUUGACAGGAUUGGUGGCCUAGAGCAGGGGUGGGCAAACUUUUGGGCCUGAGGGCCUCAUCGGGGUUCCGAAACUGUAUGGAGUGCUGGGUGCAGUAUAUUAAAUUGCUCCCCGUAGGAAUGUGCUACUUACGGCGUACUACUUACAGCUGCCAGUUCUGGUGCUCUAAGCGGCAUGGUAAGGGGGUGAGGAGUGGGGC